AUGGAAGUAAAAACGCAGUCUGACGUCCCCAGUCCCGUCGUCGUGGACGUCACACAUGAUGCAGCAAGACUCAGUCCAUCGGAUCUCUUCGCUCUGAAGCACCCAGAUUCUCCCGGUAUCGUGGUAAAGGAGUCUUUUUUGGGUCGUCAGAGUGCCCUGGCAGUGAGAGACGCACUGACAGAACUAGCGACGAGCGGAACCUUCCACGAAGCAAAAGUCGGCGCUGGUCAAAGCUUACGCAAUGACCGAACGGUGCGAGGGGAUAAAAUCCACUGGAUUCAAACUCCAAACGGCUUGAACGCACCAACCGAGAGCGUUGACCCCGCCAUUCUGCACCUACGCAGACAGGUGGAGAGUCUUGUGUACGGACUCAAGAAAGUCUCACCCAAGCUGGAUCUGCGUAAUGUUGUGUCGACACAAUUUGCAGUCUUUCCAGGAGACGGUGCCCGGUUUGUCAAACAUGUGGACACCUACUUGAACGCCCAUAGGAACGAGCAAGAAGGUGUAUCCAAGGACGGACUCGUCCGUCUAAUCACGUGUGUGUACUAUCUGAACGACCGAUGGGAACCAGAACAUGGCGGUCAUCUUCGCGUUCAUCUAAAGGACUCAAAGCUCUUACCGGCUUAUCAUUGGGAUGUUCCGCCCAACCUCGAUACACUACUGGUGUUUCGCAGCCUUGAUGUUGAACACGAAGUGAUGCCGACGUAUCGUGAGCGCAAAGCGGUGACGAUUUGGUAUUACGGGAAGCAAUCCCAAGCUGCUCCAGCUUCAAGAACGGAGACCUCGUCCGUACCGCGUCCGCUUCCCUCAAUUACAGGAAGCAACUCCGACCAUGCGGAACAAGCAUCCGUUUUCGUCGCGAUCCCAAGCUACCGCGACUCGGAAUGUCGACACACAGUCGAUAACUUGCUAGCACAAGCAACGUUUCCAAAACGCAUUUCUAUCGGCAUUUGCUUGCAGACAGACGAUGAGGAUGACACUCAGGCUUACUUGGAGAGCAAGUAUUCGACGAGCCAAGUUCGUGUGCAUUGGGUAGAUUACCGGGAAGCUGCGGGUCCGUGUGUGGCACGUAGACAAGCACAAAAACUGUAUCAGGGCCACUUCCGUCGCUGUUCUGGGCUGCCGGCUUUGCAUUUUCGUCGUCAGCAAUCAUCGAGGAAGUGCCGUAUGAUGAAACUCUACGCUUCUUGUUCUUCGGAGAAGAAUCUUCAAUGGCUGCACGGCUGUGGACUUCGGGUUGGGACUUUUUCACUCCUUCAGAAGCUGUGGUGUAUCACCUUUGGACUCGAGCCUAUCGUCCUGUUUUCCAAGAGCUGGAAAGUGAUGAGACCAAGCGGUAUCGAACUGCCUCCGCUCACUACGUCAAGCAGCUGCUGCGAAUUGACCAGACGCCAGUAA